UAGAUGGGAUACAGCUUUUGUCAAAUUGGACUUUUCGUAGCAGGUUAGGAGAAUUUAGACAGCAUGUUAGGAUAAUUAACGUAGCACGUUAGGAUAAUUAGGUUAAGAUUUGGAAAAAGGUCAGAGUUGGUUAAAAUGACAAAAUAAAUACACUUUUGACAAAAGCUGUAGCCUUUCUAGCCAUGACCACUUACUGGGUGAAAGGUGAUGAGAAGCGCUGCAUACACCACGAGCGGAGCAACAACACAAACUACCGCAAGCGCCUUCCUCUAGUCUAGUCUAAACAAUUGCCGCAACAUUAUUUUUAUUUUGAAUGGACGAGCAAAAACAACUUUUCACAUAUCGGAAUUCGCAGAAUAUCACAAAAUUCUAAGGUGACAUGACCAACCAGGUGUCAGAGUUCCCCACUGAGCGGACGUUCCAGUACCAGCAUAGCCUGCCUCCUCUCCCUGUACCGUCUCUAGAGGGGAGCCUCGCCAAGUACCUGGAUGCAGUGCGGCCGUUUGCUACAGAGGAGGAGUACCAGGUGACUGCAGCCGUAGUGAAGAGGUUUGGAGAGGGCAUCGGCAAAGACCUGCACCAAAAACUACUGCAGAGAGCCAGGACACGCAGGAACUGGUUGGAGGACUGGUGGUUGGAUGCAGCCUAUCUGGAAUUGCGUUACCCCUCCCAGUUGAAUGUGAACUUCGGAGGUCCUGCACCCUACCUAGAGCACUGCUGGCCCCCUACAGAGGGAGUACAGCUACAGAGGACCAGCAUAAGCAUGUGGCACACUCUACAGUACUGGCACCUGCUUCGCACGGAGAGGCUGGACCCUCAUAAAGCUGGUAAUGUGGUGUUGGAUAUGGACCAGUUCAGAAUGCUGUUCUGUACAUGUAAAGUUCCUGGAGUCACCAAGGAUACCAUCAUCAACUACUUUAAGACAGAGAGCGAGGGUCCAUGCCCCUCCCACGUGGUGGUGAUGUGUAAGGGGCGUUUCUUCUCGUUUGAUGCAGUGUGUGACGGACACAUUCUUACCCCUCCAGAGCUGCUCAGGCAGCUGACCCAUGUGAAGCAGUGUUGUGAAGGGGAGCCAGCGGGAGAUGGUGUCGCCGCUCUCACCUCAGAGGAGAGGACACGCUGGGCUAAGGCCAGGGAGUAUCUGAUAGGUAUAGAUCCAGCCAAUAAGACCAUCUUAGAGACCAUCCAGAGCAGUCUGUUUGUGGUCUCACUGGACGAUGCUAAACCCUACGCUACUUCAGAGAACUACACACUGGUGACCCGGGAAGCGCUGACAGGAGACCCCACCAUCCGCUGGGGAGACAAGUCCUACAACUCCCUCUCCUUCGCCGACGGAACCUUCGGAUCCAAUUGUGACCAUGCCCCCUACGAUGCCAUGGUGCUGGUAACUCAGGGUUACUAUGUGGAUCAGCAGCUCAAAGCUACAGACGGCAAGUGGAAGGGCUCUGAGACGGUGCGGCCUAUGCCUCUUCCUGAAGAGUUGGUCUUCACUGUGGAUGACAGAGUCAGGAGUGACGUUGCACAUGCCAAGCAACAGUACUUUGAGACUACUCAGGACUUGCAGGUGGUGUGUUAUGCGUUCACCUCGUUUGGGAAAGCAGCCAUCAAACAGAGGAAGCUCCACCCAGACACCUUCAUACAACUGGCCCUUCAACUGGCUUAUUACAGACAGCAUGGGAGGUUAGGUAGUUGCUAUGAGACAGCGAUGACCAGAAGGUUCUACCACGGCAGGACUGAGACCAUGAGGCCCUGUACCCUGGAGGCACAGAACUGGUGCCAUACCAUGCUCCUCCCUGCAGCCAGCGCUGAGGCUAAGAGGAAAGCCCUGCUGCUGGCCUUCAACAAGCAUAACAAACUGAUGGCUGAGGCACAGAAUGGAAAAGGUUUUGACAGACAUCUCCUGGGCCUUUACCUGAUCGCCAAGGAGGAGGGACUUCCUAUGCCAGACCUUUUCACUGAUCCACUGUAUUCCAAGAGUGGCGGGGGCGGUAACUUUACCCUGUCCACCAGUCUGGUUGGCUACACCACAGUCCUGGGAGCGGUUGCUCCCAUGGUGCACCAUGGCUACGGGUUCUUCUACCGCAUCGGAGACGACAGGAUCGUGGCUUCCUGUACAGCGUGGAAGUCCAGUCGAGAGACAGAUGCAGAGACACUGUUCCAGAACCUGGUUACCUCCCUACAUGAGAUGAUGUACCACACAUCUAACACACACACCACACACUCAUCUGUCCCCAGAGAUCUGGUAGGUGGUUUUGAUUGA